GUGGAGGUGGCUUUGUGGCACAUACGUUACUCGUGGGGAGCGCUCAGUUGCCUGGAGACCACAUGGCUCUCUGGGCUUUCCCAUCCUGACCAGACGUUCACAGGCUGGUGACUGCACAAAUUCCUGUUGGGUCCGAGUUUGCCAGAAUGAGGCCAAGAUGGACAAACAGAGGAGCUGAGGUGUCCCCUUCACUCUUUGCAUUUGCUGGGCUGACUUUUCCUUCACUUUUCUCAGACUCAGGGAAACUCUGGACUACAAUAUAAGUGACAUCACACAAAAAGGAUAUGAAAAGAAGAGGUCGAAACUGAUUGGAGCCUACCUGCCCCAGCCUCCGAGGGUGGAUCAAGCUUUGCCUCCAGAGCGCCGGGCUCCGGUUACUCCUUCCUCUUCCUCUCGCUAUCACCGCCGAAGGUCCUCAGGGUCACGAGAUGAGCGCUAUCGGUCGGAUGUCCAUACAGAAGCUGUUCAGGCAGCGCUUGCUAAACACAAAGAAAGGAAGAUGGCAGUGCCGAUGCCUUCCAAGCGCAGGUCCUUGGUGGUGCAGACCUCGAUGGACGCCUACACGCCUCCUGAUACCUCUUCUGGCUCAGAUGAUGAAGGCUCAGUGCAGGGGGACUCCCAGGGGACCCCCACCUCCAGCCAGGGCAGCAUCAACAUGGAGCACUGGAUCAGCCAGGCCAUCCAUGGCUCUACCACCUCCACCACCUCCUCCUCUUCCACCCAGAGUGGGGGGAGUGGCGCUGCCCACAGGCUGGCUGACGUCAUGGCCCAGACGCACAUAGAAAAUCACUCUGCACCUCCUGAUGUAACCACUUACACCUCAGAACACUCAAUACAAGUAGAAAGGCCACAAGGUUCAACGACAUCGCGGACGGCACCCAAGUAUGGCAAUGCUGAGCUCAUGGAGACUGGCGAUGGAGUGCCUGUAAGUAGCCGGGUAUCAGCAAAAAUUCAACAGCUCGUCAACACCCUCAAACGACCUAAGCGACCGCCGUUAAGGGAGUUCUUUGUUGAUGACUUUGAAGAAUUGUUAGAAGUUCAACAACCAGAUCCUAACCAGCCAAAGCCAGAGGGAGCCCAGAUGUUGGCAAUGCGAGGGGAGCAGCUGGGUGUGGUUACGAACUGGCCCCCGUCUUUAGAAGCCGCAUUACAGCGAUGGGGGACCAUCUCACCAAAGGCCCCGUGCUUGACCACCAUGGACACGAAUGGGAAGCCCCUGUACAUCCUCACUUAUGGCAAACUGUGGACAAGAAGUAUGAAGGUUGCUUACAACAUUCUGCAUAAAUUAGGUACAAAGCAAGAGCCUAUGGUGCGACCUGGGGACAGGGUGGCGCUGGUGUUCCCCAACAACGACCCCGCAGCCUCCAUGGUGGCCUUCUAUGGCUGCCUGCUUGCCGAAGUCGUUCCUGUGCCCAUCGAAGUACCACUGACAAGAAAGGAUGCAGGAAGCCAGCAGAUCGGGUUCUUGCUUGGAAGCUGUGGAGUGACGGUAGCCUUGACGAGCGAUGCUUGCCACAAAGGCCUGCCGAAAAGCCCAACAGGGGAGAUCCCACAGUUCAAAGGUUGGCCAAAGCUAUUAUGGUUUGUCACAGAGUCAAAACAUCUCUCUAAACCUCCUCGAGAUUGGUUCCCACAUAUUAAAGAUGCAAAUAACGACACCGCCUAUAUCGAGUAUAAGACGUGCAAGGAUGGAAGUGUGCUUGGGGUGACCGUGACAAGGAUUGCGCUGCUGACCCACUGCCAGGCCCUCACACAGGCGUGUGGCUACACAGAAGCUGAAACAAUUGUGAAUGUGUUGGAUUUCAAGAAAGAUGUUGGGCUCUGGCAUGGAAUCCUAACAAGCGUCAUGAACAUGAUGCAUGUGAUCAGCAUCCCGUACUCGCUGAUGAAGGUGAACCCGCUCUCCUGGAUUCAGAAGGUCUGCCAGUACAAAGCAAAGGUGGCUUGUGUGAAGUCCAGGGACAUGCACUGGGCAUUAGUGGCACACAGGGAUCAAAGAGACAUCAACCUCUCCUCCCUCCGGAUGCUGAUAGUGGCCGAUGGCGCAAACCCCUGGUCUAUUUCUUCCUGUGACGCAUUUCUCAAUGUCUUCCAAAGUAAAGGCCUGCGCCAGGAGGUCAUCUGUCCCUGUGCCAGCUCACCAGAGGCUCUCACUGUGGCCAUCCGGAGGCCUACAGAUGACAGCAACCAGCCCCCGGGCCGGGGCGUCCUCUCCAUGCACGGGCUGACCUACGGGGUCAUCCGGGUGGACUCAGAGGAAAAGCUGUCUGUGCUCACCGUACAGGACGUCGGCCUCGUGAUGCCCGGAGCCAUCACGUGUUCAGUGAAGCCAGACGGGAUUCCUCAGCUGUGUAGAACGGAUGAAAUCGGGGAGCUCUGUGUGUGCGCGAUUGCUACGGGCACGUCCUAUUACGGCCUCUCGGGCAUGACCAAGAACACCUUCGAGGUGUUCCCCGUGACGAGCUCAGGGGCCCCAGUCAGCGAGUACCCGUUCGUGAGGACAGGCCUGCUGGGCUUCGUCGGCCCUGGGGGGCUGGUCUUUGUGGUGGGCAAGAUGGAUGGGCUCAUGGUGGUCAGCGGGCGCAGACACAACGCCGACGACAUCGUGGCCACGGCGCUGGCCGUGGAGCCCAUGAAGUUCGUCUACCGGGGACGAAUAGCUGUGUUUUCGGUGACUGUCCUGCACGAUGAGAGGAUAGUGAUUGUGGCCGAGCAGAGGCCGGACUCCACAGAGGAGGACAGCUUCCAGUGGAUGAGCAGGGUGCUCCAGGCAAUCGACAGCAUACAUCAAGUUGGUGUUUAUUGCCUGGCCUUGGUUCCAGCAAACACCCUCCCCAAAACCCCGCUCGGUGGGAUCCAUUUGUCAGAAACGAAGCAGCUUUUCCUGGAGGGCUCGCUUCACCCCUGCAACGUCCUCAUGUGCCCCCACACUUGUGUUACAAACUUGCCUAAACCUCGACAGAAGCAACCAGAAAUCGGUCCCGCUUCUGUGAUGGUGGGGAACCUGGUGUCUGGGAAGAGGAUUGCGCAGGCCAGCGGCAGAGACCUGGGGCAGAUCGAAGACAACGACCAGGCCCGGAAGUUCCUGUUUCUCUCGGAGGUCCUGCAGUGGAGGGCUCAGACCACCCCCGACCACGUCCUGUACACGCUGCUCAACUGUAGGGGUACAAUAGCGAACUCGCUGACAUGUGUCCAGCUGCAUAAGCGAGCCGAGAAGAUAGCUGUGAUGCUAAUGGAGAGAGGGCGCCUGCAAGACGGGGAUCAUGUGGCUCUCGUCUACCCGCCAGGAAUAGACCUCAUUGCAGCAUUUUACGGUUGCCUGUACGCAGGCUGUGUGCCAAUAACUGUGCGUCCUCCACACCCACAGAACAUCGCAACGACGCUGCCUACCGUGAAGAUGAUCGUGGAGGUGAGUCGCUCUGCCUGUUUGAUGACAACACAACUGAUCUGUAAGUUGUUACGGUCCAGGGAGGCAGCUGCGGCCGUGGAUGUCAGGGCAUGGCCCCCCAUACUGGACACAGAUGAUUUGCCAAAGAAGCGGCCUGCCCAGAUCUACAAACCCUCCAACCCAGACACACUAGCUUAUCUUGAUUUUAGUGUGUCCACGACUGGGAUGCUAGCUGGAGUAAAGAUGUCUCAUGCAGCCACCAGUGCCUUUUGCCGUUCUAUUAAGCUGCAGUGUGAGCUCUACCCCUCAAGAGAAGUGGCCAUCUGCUUGGACCCUUACUGUGGACUUGGGUUUGUCCUGUGGUGCCUCUGCAGUGUGUACUCUGGGCACCAGUCCAUUCUCAUCCCGCCUUCAGAGUUGGAGACCAACCCUGCCUUGUGGCUUCUUGCCGUGAGUCAGUACAAAGUCCGGGAUACAUUUUGCUCCUAUUCGGUGAUGGAACUCUGUACCAAGGGGCUGGGCUCGCAGACAGAAUCCCUCAAGGCACGAGGCCUGGACUUGUCUCGCGUGCGGACAUGUGUGGUCGUGGCAGAAGAACGGCCUCGAAUAGCACUCACCCAGUCGUUCUCAAAACUGUUUAAAGACCUCGGCCUCCAUCCUCGGGCCGUUAGCACCUCAUUUGGCUGUAGAGUGAACCUGGCAAUUUGCUUGCAGCCCCACAGGCUGUGGAAGCUGGCCGAGCAGGGGACCUCGGGACCUGACCCAACCACUGUCUACGUUGACAUGAGAGCUCUGAGACACGACAGAGUCCGUUUAGUAGAAAGAGGAUCUCCUCAUAGCUUGCCUCUGAUGGAGUCAGGAAAAAUACUUCCAGGGGUUCGGAUCAUAAUCGCCAAUCCAGAAACAAAAGGACCGCUGGGAGACUCACACCUGGGUGAGAUCUGGGUUCACAGUGCCCACAAUGCCAGUGGUUAUUUCACUAUUUAUGGAGAUGAAUCCCUCCAGUCAGAUCACUUCAACUCAAGACUAAGUUUUGGAGACACCCAGACAGUCUGGGCCCGCACAGGCUACCUGGGGUUCCUGCGGAGAACCGAGCUCACGGACGCCAAUGGAGAGCGCCACGACGCCCUGUAUGUGGUGGGGGCCCUGGAUGAAGCCAUGGAGCUGCGAGGGAUGCGGUAUCACCCCAUAGACAUCGAGACUUCGGUGAUCAGAGCCCACAAAAGCGUUACCGAGUGUGCUGUGUUCACCUGGACAAAUUUGUUGGUGGUUGUGGUGGAGCUUGAUGGGUCGGAGCAAGAAGCCUUGGACCUGGUCCCCUUGGUGACCAACGUGGUCCUGGAGGAGCACUACCUGGUGGUGGGGGUGGUGGUCGUGGUGGACAUCGGCGUCAUCCCCAUCAACUCCCGGGGGGAGAAGCAGCGGAUGCACCUACGGGAUGGGUUUUUGGCAGACCAGCUGGACCCCAUCUAUGUGGCCUACAACAUGUAGUCUUGUCUCCAGCUCCCCCGGACUUUUUAGAGAUGUAACGUUUUUCUCAGUGUCACUGAAGUGUGCGGAAGCGAGGGCCACGUUCGCCAGAAUGGAGCCUUUUGCCGCACGCUGGUGAGGAGGAGACUUUCCACGGCGUCCUGAUUGGCGUGGGGAUGAAAUGUGAAUUUACCACUGAAGUUUGCUCAGAGGGACUUUGGAUUAUUGCCUGCAGUUUGUUGGAAAAG